UACUUUGGGAAAACUCUGAAACAUCACUGUCUGUUAUCAAGAGACAAGACCCAGGGAAAUGGCACUUUCUAGACGUCCUUACCUGCACGCUGACCACGUCAGGCAGUUGGAGCUUGAUCGCCUGAACUGGUUGCAUGUUGGAGCUGCACUACGAGGAGGUUAUGUAAGUAUUGAGGAUGAGGAUCAUGCAACUGAACUGAGAAAAGCCGACGAGAAGGCAAGGAUGGAGGAGUGGAAGAAGGGUCCAUUUGUCAAACGGAUGUGGGUGCAGGACGAACAGCGUGAGAGCUUCCGCUUGAUAACUGUAGGGCUCGACAGCAUGGCUAGGUCUGCGAGUGGCGAACCUGUCAGUUUUGUACCAGCCAGUACCAUCUCUGAAUAUAACCUCGGUCCCAUCAUUAAGAUUCCAGAGACUUUCUUCAACACAGCUAGCGCCAUCAUGUCUUGUACCGAGGCGGUCGACAUCACGUGGAUGGGAAGUGACAAAGUUGAGCGUCAGGAUCGCUGGGUGGUCCUUCCUGUUGUAUCCGGAAUAAGGAUGCCGCUUCUCGGCGAAAGGUUCAUGACCUGCUUUGGUCAGCUUCUGCUUAGCGUGGAGCCAACUGGAACCGUCGCUGUCGCUAGUGAUGAGGAAGACCGACCGCAGAAAAAGGGAGGGAAGCCUAUGAUGGGGGGUAAAGAAGCAUCAUCCAAAAAGCCAGUGCAGAGGGACAUCAUCAUGGCCCAUAAUCCCGAUUCGGCACCAGCGAGUCAAAACGUGGCGGGACGGCAAGCUGCACAGAUCGCUAGAGAGCAAAGAGUGUAUGAGGAUUUUGUCAGUAGUAGCCAACACACGAACCAGCCAACGGCAAACCGUGAUCAUCAGACGCUAGCCUACUAUGACAACUUCCGCAGCUACAGAGACGCGAGGUCUCUUGAUAUGCAUGUCACUGAACGGGAGCAUUGGGCAGCGUACUGGCAGCUUCAUACACCACGCUUCGAUCAUCGGUUGCUUAUGCCAACAGAACGAGAACUGCGGGAUCAAGCUGGGCUCCCUAAACCAUAUUCAAAAGGACCACCAAGGAAGUAAUCUAGGUAGACACUUUUUUACAUUGGUCUGUAGGGCUUUUGUACCGAGUUUUGAGCCAAAACACUAGUCACGAUUACUAUCUACC